GUGGAAGGGGCGGAGACCUCCUGCAGUGGGCGGGGCGGCCGGGCCGGUGCGGCCGCCGACUGAAUGCGGCGGGUCGCCGAGGACUUGAGGGUGGAGUCCCAGCCGGAGGCAGGCCGGGACGCUGGUGGUUCGCGGCGCGGGUCGGACGCGAUCAGGUCGGCUGCGGCGGCCGGAAAGCUGCCGGGCGUCACUUCCUCGACCCCAGUUCCGGGCUCGCCAAGCGAGGCGAGCGGGCGGCGCGGGCCCAUGGCCAGACGCGGCAUGGAGCGGUGGCGCGACCGGUUGGCGCUGGUGACGGGAGCCUCAGUGGGCAUUGGCGCGGCCGUGGCCCGGGCCCUGGUCCAGCAGGGACUGAAGGUGGUGGGCUGCGCCCGCACCGUGGGCAACAUCGAGGAGCUGGCUGCUGAAUGUAAGAGUGCAGGCUACCCCGGGACUUUGAUCCCCUACAGAUGUGACCUGUCAAAUGAGGAGGACAUCCUCUCCAUGUUCUCGGCUAUCCGUUCUCAGCACAGUGGCGUAGACAUCUGCAUCAACAAUGCCGGCUUGGGCCGGCCUGACUCCCUGCUCUCAGGCAGCACCAGCGGUUGGAAGGAGAUGCUCAAUGUGAACGUGCUGGCCCUCAGCAUCUGCACACGGGAAGCCUACCAGUCCAUGAAGGAACGGAAUGUGGAUGAUGGGCACAUCAUUAACAUCAAUAGCAUGUCUGGCCACCGAGUGGUCCCCCAGUCUGUGACCCACUUCUAUAGUGCCACCAAGUAUGCCGUCACUGCGCUGACAGAGGGACUGAGGCAAGAGCUUCGGGAGGCCCAGACCCACAUCCGAGCCACGCCCUUGAGCAGGCCCUUUUUGUUGGCCCAGUGCAUCUCUCCAGGUGUUGUGGAAACACAAUUCGCCUUCAGACUCCACGACAAGGACCCUGAGAAGGCAGCUGCCACCUAUGAGCACAUGAAGUGUCUCCAACCCGAGGAUGUGACCGAGGCUGUUAUCUACGUCCUCAGCACCCCCCCACACGUCCAGAUCGGAGACAUCCAGAUGAGGCCCACGGAGCAGGUGACCUAGUGACUGUGGGAGCUCUUCCUUCCCUCCCCACCCCUCAUGGCUUGCCUCCUGCCUCUGGAUUUUAGGUGUUGAUUUCUGGAUCACUGGAUACCACUUGCUGUCCACACCCCUGCCAGGGGUUAGAAAAUUUGUCUGAGAUUGUUAUAUCCGCUUGUCAAAUUGCUUCCAUUGUAAAUGUGAAAAAUGGGCUGGGGAAAGGAGGUGGUGUCCUUAAUUGUUUUACUUGUUAACUUGUUCUUGGUCCCCCUGGGCUCCUUGGCCUUUUUCUGCUCUCAGUCUCUUCCCUUUGACCUGGGAAAUGGGUUGUGGCCAAAAUCCCUCCCAUCUUCUUGCACCUCAACCUCUGCGACUCAGGGGCUGGGGUGGCAGAGGGAGGCCCUCACCUUAUAUCUUCGUGGUUAUCCAGGGUUCCAGACUUCCUCUGCCUGGCCCACUGUCCCCUCUCCCCCUUCUCUUCCUCCUUCUCAGCUCUCCAGCCCAAUCUUGGCUUCUUGUCCCCUUGUGGGGUCAUCCCUCCACUCUGACUAUGGCAGCAGAACACCAGGGCCUGGCCCAGUGAAUUUCAUGAUGAUCAUUAAAAAAGAAAAAUCCCAACGAA